ACUUCCUGUUGCCACUCAACUUCACUACGACGCAUGGGGCUGACGUGAUAACGGAGAUGGAAGUGAACCGUUUGGACUUCUACAUCGGUCUCUCUCUGGCUGUGAGCUCGAGCGCUUUCAUCGGUGCCAGUUUCAUCCUGAAGAAGAAAGGCCUCCUGCGAUUGGCCAGCAAGGGCUCCCAGCGAGCAGGUCAGGGGGGGUAUGCUUACCUGAAAGAAUGGCUGUGGUGGGCAGGACUCAUUUCAAUGGGAACUGGGGAGGCCGCCAACUUCGCUGCAUAUGCGUUUGCGCCGGCCACACUGGUAACUCCUCUUGGAGCAUUGAGCGUGCUUGUAAGUGCCGUGCUCUCCUCUUACUUCCUGAACGAGAGGCUGAAUGUUCACGGGAAGAUCGGCUGCUUGCUGUGCGUGUUGGGCUCCACCGUGAUGGUGAUCCACGCCCCGCAGGAGGAGGAGGUGGCCUCCCUUAGCGCCAUGGCGGAGAAGCUCAAAGACCCUGGUUUCAUUGUGUUUGCUGUGUGCGUUGUGGGAAGCAGCCUGGUUCUAAUCUUUGCCGUGGCUCCGCGGUUCGGACAGAAGAGUGUGCUGGUCUACAUCCUGAUCUGCUCUGUGAUUGGCUCCCUGUCUGUGUCUUGUGUCAAGGGCCUGGGCAUUGGCAUUAAGGAGCUGUUUGCGGGAACAGCGGUGCUGAAGGAACCCCUGUUCUGGUCCUUAGUCAUCUGCCUGGCAAUCUGCAUCAGCGUUCAAAUCAGUUACCUGAACAAAGCCCUCGACAUCUUCAACACCUCCAUAGUCACGCCCAUCUACUACGUCUUCUUCACCACCUCCGUCAUGGCCUGCUCCGCCAUCCUCUUUAAGGAGUGGUUGAGUAUGACCACUGACGGGAUAGUGGGGACAAUUAGCGGGUUCCUCACCAUCAUUCUGGGGAUCUUCCUCCUCCACGCCUUUAAGGACAUUACAUUUAGCUGUGAUUCCCUCCCACUCUACCUGAGGAAGGGUCCUCAAGGCUUUCACUGGGGGCAGCAGCCCUACGUGGCUCUUCCCAGCCACGAAGCACAAGCAGAGGAUGAGAUUAAACUGCCCAGAGAAGGAGGCUCAAAGGGGGGCUGGGGUACGCACCAAAGAGCACCUUAAGAAGAACCAAAAGCCUUCUAACUACUUUCCUUAUCACAAUUCAGAAGCUUUAGAGCAGGGGUGUCAAACUCUGGCCCGUGGGCCAAAUUUGGCCCGCAGUGUAAUUUUAUUUGGCCCGCGAGGUAAUACCAAAUUAUUAUCUUAUUAUUGUACUAUAAAAGCUGACCCGCCAGUAUUAUACGGUGCAUUUACCGCUAAUACUACAAAUCCCACAAUGCCCUGCUGUUGUUUUGGCGCGUCAAUCAGGACAGGACCCAGAAACGCUCCUCUGUGACAGUCGUCAUAGCAACCUCAAGCUAGAGCUGUCUCCCAGCUACGCCUUCCCAAAAAUGGAGAAAAUAAAUUUAUUAACCUGUUGAAAAAGUUUAUUUUGAUAUUUAAAUCAGAAGGAUGCAAAUAGAAAAGAGGCAUGCGAUUUUUAUUUAAUUUUUAUUUAAUAAAUUAAUGACAUUGAUGUGUUUUUUAUUUGAAAUUUGAUUUUGCAUGUCUGCACUAUUUAGUUAUAUAUUGUAUGUUUAGAAGCGUUGCUGGUUCCAUAUUUAAUGCUAAAGCAAAACAUGUUUGGUAUAUAUUAAAAGGUUUAUUUGUUCAAUGUUGGCCCGCGAUUUUAUUCAAGUUUUACAUUUUGGCCCAUUGUGUAUUUGAGUUUGACACCCCUGCUUUAGAGCAUCAUACCCCAGCCUUAUGAUCUGUUCACACCAAACGUAAAGCUAAUUUGUCCCACAGCAAAAUUACAAAGUCAAUGCAAAGUCGGGCCGGGUGAAGCAAACCUGCAAAAUACUCACAAUUAAAAAAUUGUUCAACUUUCAGAAUUCAUGUGAUGCUGCCUCAUUAGAGCUGAUCAUCUUAGAGAUUAUCUUCCAUAGCGUCGAUAUGCAGAUAGAUUCACAAAACAAGCAUUUUAACCCUCUAUGGUACGGUGUUGCCCUCAGGCAACAUACCCAUUUUUGGCCUGUCAAAUUUCUACAAUGCAUCUUUUUGAGUGAUGCGAUAUUUUAAAAAAGGGGGAAGAGUAUAGGGAACCAAUAGCAAUGCUUUAAUUUUCCAAAGAAAAUAGCUUUGCCAUUUUGUGCCACAAAAAAUCACUCAAAACCUCAUUUUCUGGCCCUUUUCCAUCUGGAAAAAAAUAUAUUCCUACUAAUAGGUGAGUAAACCUUCAUUUUUAAUAGUUUCAUACACUUUCUGUUGAAGACAUUCAUUUCAAUGGGUCGUUGGUUCAAUGGUACAAUGCUGCCUACAGGCAACAUUCAGACAAGAAACCAGUGAAAAACAGUUCCUUUUAUGUUUUUAAUUUAAAAUGUUAUGUAUUGUACCGUUGAAGCUACUGAAUCUUUUACACAUGUUUAUUAAAUACAUGAUGUUAAAAUUAAAAAUUAUCUAUUUCACUUGUGCACCAUUAUGGUAUAAUGUUGCCUACGGGCAACAAACCCCAAAAACUAAAAUUUAUUCAGAUUAUGUUGAUUUAGUCUAUUUUAAGACAACAACAAAAAACACUCCAAACAUUUAUUUCCUAACUGGCAUCAUAAUGCCUACCAUAGAGGGUUAAAAGUAGUUUGCUUGUAAGACUUUUUUUUACAAAUUGGUAUUAUGUAGUUAUUUCGGCAUCUAUUUGUUUCAAAUAAAUCAUAGCAAAAUGUGUUUAGUUUGGGUUCAUAUGGCUGUAGUAAAUCACAUUUAGACAAUAUGUGGUUUGCUUAAUAAAGUGAAUAUUUGAUUUCUUUCGACACACCGAUCAUGAAAGUGCCACUUGAGACAGAGCUUGUGUAGUUUGGUAUCUACACUGCUGCGAUUAACAGGAAUAAAUAUAAAUGAUCUUGGGGUCAAACUUGCACCAGUAAUAAGACAGAAAUGUGCUUUGCGUUUGGUUUGAUCAUGGCAAGUUAGUUUACAAAAUUAUCUUUAAAAAAUCUUAAUUUAGAGUCUUACAUCUACAAUACAGUUUGCACUGUAUGAAGUUUCCUGAAGUGAGCUCAACAUUCCUGUCAGCACACUGGAUUUGAUAUUAUUUAAAUUCUUAGUUGAACAUGGUGGUACAGCUACAUCUUUAGAUAAAAAAAAGACAGGACAGAAUUAUAAUCUGAGGUAUAAUUUAUAUUAUUGUGAAUGUUUGUUGCACUGCUGUGUACAUUUUUGUUUAAAAAUAAUAAUUGAAGGUUGAAUGUAAGGCUGCAUAAACCAGAUUGUGCCUUCUGUUACUUUAAACAACCUUAUUCAUCAGUUUGCACUUUUAACCUUAGCAUGUAUUGUACAAAUGUAAGACAAGUGUAAAGGCAAAAAAAAAAAAUGCCAAUUGCUUUUCAAUCACCUGUUGAUGAAUAAGUUUGUAAUUUCCCUGAUGAGUUACUGUAAUACCUCAGUAUUGUACACAAACUGCACCAAAGAAUGUUAUUUUCCUGUGUGGGUUAUUUCCCCAACAUGUGCCAAGCUGUAACAUAACUGAUUUAACUUAACCUGUGUCCUUGAUUGUGCUGAUUAAAACAUUACUUUACUACA